UUUAUAUUAUAACUUUUUUGUGUUUUUAUUUUAAGGGAUUAUGGUUAAGAUAUUUGUAGGGCGUCUGGCCCCGACUGUUACUGCAGUUCAGCUGCGUGAAUUGUUUGAGAAUUAUGGAACUGUUUCUGAUUGCGAUAUUCUACGAGAUUAUGGAUUCGUUCACAUGUCGAGCGAAGUAGAGGCACAGAAGGCAAUUACUGCUCUUGAUAAAUAUGAGCUCGUUGGAAGUAAACUGAGUGUUGAGAUGUCAACAUCGCGCUCCAUGAAGUCGUGUCAACUCACUGUCAAGAAUCUGCCGCGCGGCACCAACCCUCAGGACUUGCAUAAACUUUUCAAAAAAUUUGGAACUGUGACAUUGUGUAGAAUUAGCAGCGAUCAAGCAGUGGUGCAUAUGCGUUUUCCAUCUAUGGCAACUAACGCUGUUAGAAAUCUAAGUGGAGAAAUAUAUCGUGGAAAUGUUUUGUCUGUCGAAUUAGCAAAUAAUAAUAAUCGACCACCAAAUAAUUGGCCAAAGACAACUCCGAAGGAAUGGAAAGCAAGCGAUAUUUUUCCAGUUAUCAAAGGAAGUUCUGAAAGUCUGGAAAAUAUUUUACAAGAUGAAACUAAUUCAAUUGAAUUGAAAAAUGAAUUUUCAAGUGAAAGCACAGUUAUGGUGAAUGGAAUCUCAAAUGAACACUCGGUUGCAGAAACCACAGAAUCAAUCGAUACUACGCUACCCACCCCAAUUAUUGUUGCAAUAUCAACACAAAGCUCUGUAACAGCUGCUACACAUGGCAAUGGGACUGUUGUUUCAAGCACAAUGCAACCAACUAUAGAAAAAGCCCAUGAACCACGAGAAGCUAGGAAACGCAGGAUACAGCAAGGCCUUAAAUUUUUACAAUCACCAAUGCCUUGGAGUGGUAGUGCUGAGCUGUAUGAGACAUUCCUGAACCAACUGAAAGAAAUGAUGAUGCAUGAGGGAACAGAGUUAUGCAGGGAGGGUUUGUUUAAGGAAUCAGUUGCUCAAUUGAAUGAAGCCAUCAACAUAUGCGCAUAUAUGAAGAAGGAGGGUAUCAAUGGAUACAUGGAUAACUUUGAGAAGUUACUUAUGGAGAGAGCAAGUGUUCAUCUAACUUCCGGAAACAAUUCAGCUGCUUUGGAAGAUGCAGAAAAAGCGUUUAAUUUAAGCAACGGCAGCAACCAAGUUGCGUUGAGGUUUAAAGCAAGGUGUUUGGUGAAUUGUGGUCGUAGAAACGAUGCUUUGUUUCUCAUGUUGAAGUUUUCUCAAGUUGCUACAUUUGAUGCUGAAUCGGCUCAGUUAUGCAGCAUCUUGAAGCAGAGCAUGGGAAACAUGAAUGAUGAACAAUCGCUUGGUUUGAGUAACAAUAAAGGAGCGAUAGGUGAUGGAAGAAACCGGAUAUCUUCCAGUUUUUUUCCUCGAAAUCCGAUGGAUGGUGGGACCUUCAAUGGAUCUCGAGGAGGUUGGUCGAUGAUGAACGGAUCCGGUGAUGCCCACAACGGAUUCCUCUCCUCAUAUUCCAACUUUGGAAACGGGAGUAGAUCUCUCUUGGGUGCCGGUACACAAUCCUUGCAACCGAAUGAAUCGUUUUCUUCCCCACUUGGAAGUCAAUUUCAACCUUAUUUUAACCAAAACAGCAACAGUUCGGGUUUCUCUGGUUUUUCCGGAAAUUUUCUUGACAAUCCAGUUCCAGGUCCAAUAACCAGGCCAGGGCAGAACCUCUUCACAAACACUCUAUAUCAAGCUCCUCAACAAAAGUCUUCUAUCUUUUCCCAAGAUGUUCUUUAUCCCAUGGAGCAAACGAAUGGACUUCAUCGAGAAUCUUCGAUGCCUCUUCCAAUUGGUUUCCGCCGACCUCAGGUCAACUCAGCUAAUUCAUAUCCCUCUAGUGCAGGAAGUCCAUGGAACGAUACAACUAACGCUCUCUCAGGAAUAAACAGUGCACCGACAAACAGAGGUUGUGUAGAUAACACGAUUGAUGAAGAACUUGCAAGAGGAAUUGAAGAAGAAUUAAAAACUAACUUAAAUCAUAAAGUAAAUUCAUUAACGCUUACAUCAAAUUCCAAGUCGCUUUGGCCAAACUCGUUAAACAGCGAUCCAGGUUUUCAAGGCAAUUCAACGCACAACACAUCAAGCUAUACUCAUUUUCCAAUGAAUACCUCAAAAAGUGGGUUCACUGGCUCAUUUCUCGGACCUGCAAUGUUAGGAAUAUCCGCAGGAAAUCAACAACAAUUGCCUGUGUCUGUUUCAUUGCUAAGCCAUGAUACAGAAGUAGUAAACAGCACACCAUCAUCUGUUAUAAACAACAACAUUGGUGCUGUUGAAACCAACCAAUCAAACGACUCGCUGAGCGAGAUAUUGCGCAAUCCACUUCAUGAUACGCACGAGUUUAAACUCGGAUGUUCCGACUGUGUCUUGAGGACUGGACCAAGGGUCACAGACUUCAGACACGAUGAUAGUCUUGUCCAUUCCUGCUAUAAAAAUAUUGUUCUUUGUCGUCGCCGUGGCAACAAGGAUUGGUUGAAAAUACGACCAAGACCUCAACCGCAGUCUAAGGCCCAGUUAUAUGAUGGUCCUUACUAUAUAUGCAAGGAUCUGAUGGCUGGGCAGGAUUGCACGUACCCUGCCGUGUGUACAUUUGCUUACAACCAAGAAGAGAUUGAUGUAUGGACACUUGAAAGGAAAGGAAUGCUUAACAGAGCAUGGCUGUGCAAGUCAAUGGAUCUGAAUUAUGUGAACAAGCUUUCUUUGGUUGGUUUGCUUAUCUGCAAACAUCGUGGAACGUUUGACUUUCUCUGUCGAUCUUGCUUCCAGAACAAACCUCGCAUCAUUAGUAUGUUUUCAGGCAAUUCAAACAAAUGCACCAAUGAGAGCUGCCCUCAUUUAAAUACAGAAGAAAACCAACAGUUGACUCAUAUAUUGCGCGAAUCUUCAGUUCGUUUCACUGAGAUAAGGUUCCCCAUCCAACAAGCCAUUCUCUGUCGUCAUGCCAUUCGAUUUCAAUGCACUCGUGGUGAAGAUUGUCAUUUUGCUCACAGUCUUGUGGAGAGAGAUAUAUGGGCAAUCAUGGAGAAGGAAGACCUCACAGCAGCAGAGGUUGUGAGGCAAGCACAGGAACACAUUAAGAAGCAAGCUGCUGUCAAUAAAGAAUCAGAAAAUUCAAUGUUGUUUUCAGAAGGAGGUGACCUUGGAUCAUUUAGAUGGAAAGUGAAGUUUAUUUGUUCACUGUGUCACAAAAAUGGUCAGGUAAACGAAGCAACGAAAGACAUGAAAUAUUGCACAGCUCGUGCCCAACACUCGUGGACUACCAACAAGAAAGUAGCCCUUGUGCACACUGCCAAGCGCUGGGUGCAAAUACGUGAUCUGCCGUACCUAAAGAAUAAGGUGAAUAACGGCGCCUGCCAAAUCAACCUUCCAGUAAGAUUCGAACUGUGCGAAAACUUUCGUCGACAGAAACGAUGCGCUUUCUCAGGAAAAUGUAACUUCGCACAUUCUCAGGAGGAAAUGGAUAUCUGGAUGUAUCUCAGGGAUAAUAAUUUAAAAGACUUGGAAGAGUUGUACGAAGCAUUAACGAAAGCAAAACAAGCAAAAUUGGCUUCAAAGAAUCAAUCGUUUACAACUGAUACAAGUAAUAUUGUUCUACCAACUGAUACUAUUCUUCAUCAGAGCUCAUACCACUGUUGGUUAUGCGACAAAGAAUGCAAUGGCCAGCGACAGUGGGAACAUCAUUGUUUAUCUGAAAAACACAAAAUGCGCGCAAUUUCUGACAGUGAUGGGCACUGGAAAUUCAGGAAACCUGGGGGGAAUUAUAAACUUUGCGAAAGACAUGAGAAAGGUGUUUGUGAGUUUGACUUUCUACCAGCAAGUGAUAACACUUGUUCGUUUGCUCAUGGGAAAGAAGAGCUUGAGGAAUGGGUCCAUCGUCGACAGUACGUUAUAAACCGAAUACGAAAGGCCCAAGAUGAUCAUUUGAUCGACGCAGGAGAUGAUAUGAACAAUUUGAUAAACCAAACACCAGAGGCUUAGGAUUUCCUUCAUUUAUAACCCCCAUUGUUCGUUGUUCCUCAGAAAUAUUCGUUUUGUUUCGUGCGUUUCGUUAAUGGCGCUACUGGGCACCCUAUGACGUAGUACUCGUAGUAUCUGUUCUGAUUUAUUAAAAUACUCAGAUUAUUACCCACAAACACCGGAACUAGAAAUGAACACUCCGUACACUGGGGAGAUGUGUUAUUCCAACAUGUGCCAAACUCUUUAGAUACUAAAGCCUCAGUAAACCUUUAACGUGUGCCUUUGAAGAGUUUAUCUUUCAGCGUAUUGGUACCGAAGUCACCUUCAUCUCAACCUCACAUUUUGAACCUUUUCAUUAGUGCCCCAUCAUCUCUUUUCAAUUCUCAUUUUUAUACAAGCAUUCUCUCUUUUCCAUAGAUGCCAUAGCCAACCAAGCCACCCUGCUUGGUCAGUACUUUCUUUUCAUUCAAAACUAGUUUAAAUAGUCUUCAUUGUAAAGUCUGCACUAAGUAUAGUCACACUCGUUUGGAAUAUUCUUCAAUUCUUGUCAUUUUUAGAUACAGAGAAAAUUACCCCUAUAUUUUUGUGCCACAUAGCAACACGUCAUUUUUUCAUACGAACCCAGUGACGUUGUGCACUCGUUUCAUUUGUACGAUUCGCAGUUUCAGAUUUCGGAUAACUGAUGUUUAUGCGUUCGAUGUGAGUAAUGGUUUCAGGCGUCCUAUUUGUGAAUAUUAAAAUAAAAUGGUCCCGAAAA